AUGCCGUAUACUCAACUAAAGCUGUCGAAUAUUCAAUUUCUGCCAUCAGUCAUCCUCCUGUUUCCUCUUCUGGUUGAUGCUCUUCUUCCUACCAAUGAUCACAGCACAUCAGAUCCAAUUGGCGAGUCGGUCUUUGAUUUGAUGGCCACUGUUCUAAUUGCAUCGGUCAUAACAAUUGACGUCAAUCGUAUAAAACAUGAAGGAAAUCUUUUAAAAAGGAUACUCAACGGUGUCCAAAUCCUCCUUCUUACAACACGUAAUUGCAUGACAAUUUGGUUCUUUGUCAGAGCUUACAAAGAUACCAAAGAUAUGUUUUUUAUUGCAUUUCUUAUAACAGCCCUUUCGGUGGACUUACCUCUAAUUGCUAUCAUUGUUAAUGUUCCUAAAAAGAUAAAGUCUGUGCGAAAGCUACCUGUAAAAUACACUAUCGGACUUCCUGAUCUUUUAACUAUGACAUGUCGUUUUAUCAAUGAUUUGACUUUUGGAUUUUUGGCAGUGAACCGAGGAUACGUGAAUCGGUCGACUUACUGGUUUGUGUUUGGGCCCGUUAUCGUGGCAUUUUUAGUUGGUGUAGGGCUAUAUAUAUAUAAGUUAAUUAAAUAUGAAGACAUGUUAAUGUCUCUGGAUGAACCGAAUAAAGACAAAGACAAGGCUUGGCUAAUAAUUAUGCAAACUCACUCCAGAAAAUUUGGAAGAGCUACAUGGAUAGUUCAAUUCUGUUCUCAAUUAGUGGUUGGUCUGGUAGCCGCACCUUCAGUUCUUUGGGUAAAGGCUUACAUUACGUUGGGUUUUAUAGUUUUUACAAUAGACGAUAUUUCUACAAAAUUACGACGUAAAAUUGAGAAAAUUGAGACUGAGAAAAUUGAGGCAACUGAGAAGAUUGAGGCUGAGAAAAUUGAUGCUAAGACUGAGGAAAUUGAGACUGAGAGAAUUGAGUCCACCGUUUAA